AUGAAAUUCUUUUUUGUCAUUGUACUGAUACAAAUUAAUUAUCUAAUUAGUGGCUUUGAACAUGUUGAAAGAUUGGAUAAUGAAAAAGAGGAUAAUGAUCCGAAAAAAAUAAAAAGGGUUAACGUAAAGAAUGGAGAAUUCACGAACAGAAUAGUUUUUACAACGACGAGAGAAGAUGACCCAAAUGUAUGGUUUAAUAAGAAAUAUCCUCAAUAUGAAUACAUUGGCCAGUUUUUGAUUGGGAAAACAAAAUACAUCACAGCUCAAAUACGUCAGUCAAAAACCAAAGAGGCCUUAAGUACUUUAAGUGAAGACCAGGAUGUGAACGUCUUGAGACAAAAUCCUGAGAUCUCAUGGGUUACUCAGGAAAAAGCACAUACUAGAAGGGCGAGGACAUUGGAUACAAAAUGGCCGAUUCUUUGGUAUUUGAAUGGUGAUGUUUCCCCGUCAAUAAAAAUUGACAAAGCCUGGGCGGCAGGUUAUUCUGGUAAAGGUAUUACUAUAGCAGUUUUGGAUGAUGGUUUACAGACAGACCACCCUGAUCUUGCAGCCAAUAUCGACACUGACAAUGAUAAAGAUUUCUAUGACUAUGAUGAUGAUCCUCGUCAUGAAGGCGGAAACAGUCACGGCACAGAAUGUAGUGGCUUAAUAGGUGCGGUUAAAGACAACAAUAUAUGUGUAGUUGGUGUGGCAUUUAGCUGUACUCUUAUUGGAAUUCGGAUUUUAGGUGAUAGAUCUUUAUUAGAUUCAGAUGAAGCCCAAGCUUUGAAUCACUUUAUUUCAAAGAUUGAUAUAUAUAGCAACAGCUGGGGACCAGGGGAGCUAACUGGUUUCGAAGAACCCGGUCCAAUCACAAAGGCGGCACUGCAGAAUGGAGUAACUAAUGGAAGGAAUGGUAAAGGUUCUAUUUACAUAUGGGCCGCAGGUAACGGAGGUACGGCAGACAAUUGUAAUGCUGACGGCUAUGCCAACAGUAUAUAUACUGUCACCAUCACCGGUGUACAAAUUGGUAAAAAUGCAUGGUAUUCUGAAGUUUGUGCUCCUGCGUUAGCUGCAGCAUAUGGUGGCAGUGAAGAAGACAGAUUUAUGGUAGAUAAAAAUGUAUUUCAGACUACAACAACAGCAGCAUCAGGAUGUAAAACCGAGGGUGUACAAGGAACGUCAUAUGCCGCACCAAUAGCCACUGGUAUUGCUGCUCUGACUCUAGAGGCUAAUCCAAAUCUGACCUGGAGAGACAUCCAACAUCUGAUUGUUUUCACAUCAAACAGAAACGGUUUCAAUGACACCUACUCUGAAUGGUCAAUCAACGGAGCAAAUAGAGAAUUCAGCCAGGUUCUAGGUUUUGGUCUGCUGGAUGCUGAAGCUAUGGUAAAGUACGGUAAACACUGGGUAACAGUUCCAACUCAAAAAACGUGUAGUUCAUCUACAAGUUCUCCAGCGUUGAGCACCAAUACCUCGGCAUCUGAUUCUAUCACUAUAACGUCUGGUGACUGUUCAUCUGUAAACUUUCUUGAGCACGUGGUAGCUGAUAUAACCUUCUCCUAUACAGGCUUCAGAGGUGUAACACAGUUGUAUUUGGUGUCGCCAUCUGGUACCAGAAGUCAUCUAUUACACUACAGGUAUAAUGAUGCUGUUGAUAACGAACCAGCAGGGACUCUAACCUGGACAUUUAUGUCGGUACAUUUUUGGAUGGAAAAUCCAAUUGGAAGUUGGAGCCUAGAAAUUAGUUCGUACAUCAAUGAUAUUAUAACUGUUUCGUUGGACAGCUGGUCACUUACGCUUUAUGGAACUUCUGUAGAUCCAUGGCCAAGCGCUGAAGCAACGACUUCAUCUAUUCCAUCAGAGAGAACUACAACACUAGAUCAAACUACCACCCAAAUGUCACCAAAUGAGGUAUCAACUGAACCUACAACUCAAAGCACAACAAUAGUCCCAACUACUGAACUUAUCAGUACACCUACACCACAAAGCACAACAAUGUACCAAUCGACAAAUGUAAAAACUGAACAUCCAACAUACAGCACAACGUUUGUUCCAACUACUGAACUUAUCAGUACACCUACACCACAGAGCACAACAAUGUAUCAAUCGACAAAUGUAAAAACUAAACGUCAAACAGACAGCACAACGUUUGUUCCAACAUCAUUUGCUACAACUGAAACGACGAUGAUACGUAUAACACAUGCAGCUACACCAAUACACACAACAAACACAGUUAUAAAAAGCACAACGGCUACUUUUGACGAUACCAAUGGUGCUACAAUAAGCAAAGGUGUUGGAGUUGUUAUUGCAAUUAUCUCCAUUGCUGGAGCAGUGUUUGCUACUUAUGCAGCAAAAUAGAGAUUUAAAAAGUCAGCAUUACAUUUACUUUUUGUCUACAAUUUCAACGUGCAUUUAUAACGUUGCUUACUAAAAGUAUAAACGCCAUGAUGGUAGGGAUAAAGAAUGCUAAUAAAAGCAUAUUUACUAUAAAACAAUAUUAGCCAUGGCGUUGUCAGGUUUUUUCGAUCAACGAGUUUGAAUGUCCCUCUGGUAUAUUUUUUCUUCUC